UGCGGCACGCAACAUGGCGGCAGCGGGUCGGGUGGGCGUGAGCGACCCGGCGCGGCUCCCUCAGGGCUUCUGGGAGGCCGUGACCGUGUGGCUGGAGCGGCCGCAGGUGGCCAACAAGCGGCUGUGCGGCGCGCGCCUCGAGGCCCGGUGGAAGUGUGCGCUGGGCGGCGGCCCCGAGGCGGCCCCGACCCCGAACCUUGGGGCUCAGCGGUGGGCGGGCUUCUCCCGGGCCCUCCCCGAACGCCACCCGGAGCUCUUCGCCUUCCUCGCGGGCUCCGGGCCGGAGGAGGAGGAGCAGCCGCCGCCCGAAGUCGAGGUGGUUCUGCGAACUGUCAUCCCCAAGGCCACCACCCUGCCUUGCCCCCUCGGGGACCCCAGGAGAGAGAUGGUGGUGCUGGAUGUCCGUGGUGGCUGUGUGACUUUCCUGCCACUGGAGGCUGGUGAAGGGGAUGUGGUGGUCCAGGCUAGUGGUGUGUACCAGCUGCGAUUGACACAGGACGGGCCGCAGUGGUUCAUAUCUGUUUUCAUUUUCUGUCCAGAAAAGUGGCCCUCGGAUGGAGUGGUCUGUCCGAGCCAGGCCUGGCUGUGCACGGAGCUGCUGGCCCGGCUGGCCCGCUGGAGUGCAGAGCCCAGGAAGAGCCUGUCCACGGGCACCCUGGGCUUGCUUCCACUUGAGCCAUACAGCCGAACCUACCGGCGCCUCAAGGACAAGUACGGGGGCCUGGUCAAGACGUGGCCGGAAGUCACCGAUCCUGAGAAGUUUGUCUAUGAGGAUGUGGCUAUCGCUGCUUAUCUGCUGGUCCUGUGGGAGGAGGAGCGUGCAUCACGGGGACUCACUGUCAAACAGUCCUUCGUAGACCUGGGAUGUGGGAACGGGCUCCUGGUGCACAUCCUGAGCAGCGAGGGGCACCCCGGUCAUGGCAUCGAUGUGCGGAGGAGGAAGAUCUGGGACCAGUAUGGGCCACAUACGCGCCUCGAGGAAGCCGCCAUCACCCCAGGUGAUGAGAUGCUCUUCCCGGCCACGGACUGGCUGAUCGGGAACCAUUCGGACGAGCUUACCCCAUGGAUUCCCGUCAUCGCGGCCCGAUCCUCGUACCACUGCCGCUUCUUCGUGUUGCCCUGUUGCUUCUUCAACUUCGACGGCAAGUACCAGCGGCGGCAGAGCGGAAAGACGCAGUACCGCGAGUACCUGGACUUUGUGCACGAGGUGGGCUCCACCUGCGGCUUCCGCAUGGAGGAGGACAGUCUGCGCAUCCCGUCCACCAAGCGGGUAUGUCUCAUCGGGAGGACCCGAACGUACCCAUCUGAGGAGGAGGUGGCCAUGGAUGAGCAGAGGACCCAAUACAUCCACAGCAGGAAGGGCUGCCCUACCCCAGACACAGCCCUAGACACAGCGGGGCGCUGGUUGUCCGGCUUCCAGCCACGGGAGAAAGUGGAGCGCGUGCGCAAUGGCGCGACUUUGCCCCGGGAGCUCACGGAGCGUGUGGUGCUGCAGGUGGCCCAGCUGCUUCUGGCCAGGACUCAGGGCCACAGCACAGCCUGGAACCCAGGUGGGAGCCUGUCGCUGGCAGAAGUGGCCUGUGACCUGGAUGAAGAGACACGGUGUUGGCUGCGGCACGAGUGUGGGGGUCUGCAGACUCUACUGCGCAAUUUCCACCAAGUGUUUGUGGUGCGCUGUGGGCAGGUCCGCCUUCGAGACUGGAGGGAAGAGCCUUUGGUCAAGGAAGCAGAGGGAGAGGGGACCGUCCUGGGCGCCCAGUGCCAGCGGCUCCCUACAGCCCGAAAGACCCGCCUCUGCUGGUUCUUCCUGCACCACCCAGAUGGCUGCGUGCUGCCCGCCCCGCGUUGCCCCUUUGCUCAUGGGCCCGCAGAGCUGCGGCCGUCCCAGCACCCUCGGAAGCAUCGGCUGCAGCAAGUGUGAGCCCUGGUACUUGCAGGGACAGAGGAGCCUGGCCAGGACCCGCC